AACGGUGCUCCUUCCCACACCCAAUCUUGACAAGCCAAAUCCCCAAACGGCGAAACGCGAAGCCAGCAAGUUGGUCAAAAUCCAGUAUUGGCAGAGUAGAGAGAGCAGUGAUCGGAUGGCUCUACUGGGCGACGACGGUCGCGGCUACGAGCUGGCCAGAAAGCUGGAGAGCGUCGGAGUAUGGCGGACGUGGCUGGGCGAGUCCAACUACGCCAUCUUCCUCCGCUUCCUCGAAUCCCCAUCCUCAUGGGAUUCCUUCAUGCGCGUCGACGACUCCAAAUCCAGGCCUCAGAUCCUCCUCCAACUCCGCGUUCGAGCUCUCCUCUUCGACAAAGCUAGCGUCUCUCUCUUCCUCCGCUCCAAUCCCUCUUCUUCUUCUUCUUCUCUCUCUGUUUCCAAGCUCAAUCCAACUUAUUUGCAAUUGCACGGUGAUGACGUGUACUUCACGCUGGAGAAUGCAGCACAACAUGUUGGUGUUUCGUCCAAUACGGCGUCGUCCAAGAUUCAAUCAAGGGCAGGUUUUAGUGUCGGAUCAAGAUAUGGUGAAUCUGAGAUUGAUAAUGUAUCCCAGAGAUUCAGGAAUGAAGAACUGUCUGAAACAUGGUAUAAUCAGUUUAUUGAGAAGUAUAGAGUUAGCAAACCCUAUAGGUUGUCAUCUGGGGACCAUGAAUCAGACAAACGUACACCUGAAGAUAUGUCUUCUUAUCUAAGACUUCUUGAGAAGCAGAAAAAAAGGCGUGUGGCAUUCAAGGAGGAUCGCUACAUGGGCUAUGGUAAUUCCAUGUUGGAAAAUGCAUCAAACAUGCAUCCAAAUUCUGUUUUAAAUGGUAAAAAUUCCAUUGAAGAUGAUGCACCUUUUUUGCCAGAGACAAUGUUUACAUUGAACUGUGUACCUGAUAGUGCACUCCCCCUUAUGGAUAGAGUGGAAGAAAACCAGAAAGUGGAGUUCUAUGGAGUUCUUGAUAACUUGCCUCAAGUAAUGAUAAGGAGUCCUGUGAUGAUUGAGAGGCUUGGUAUCAGGCCUGAGUACCUUAGCAUGGAACAUGGUGGAAACUUACAUCAUGGAAAAAUUGGGUCUGAAGGAAAGAGGAAACAUCUUGGUCCAGAGCAAGCAUCGCAGCUGUCUCGAAAGGUAAUUGCACGCAUGUUGACAAAUUCGGGGUUUGAUGGUGCCACAGAAGUUCCAGUGGAAGUCUUCUCUCAAUUACUAAGCUGUCAUGUAUGUAAAUUAGGCCGGAUAUUGAAAGUUCUUGCUGAUAGUUACAGAAAGCAGUGUUCAGCUACCGAACUACUUAAGAUGUUCCUUAAAACAUUGGGAUAUAGUAAUUUGGGCCCUUUAGCGGAGCAUGUAAAGGAUGGUUCCAGGAAUUUGGUACAGCAAACUCAGCAACUUCAGGGAAUCCAGUCGCAGCUGCAGUCACUGCAGCAUAGUUCCCUUCGAAUGGCCCAGCAGAUGCCUAGACAAAUACAUCCGCAGAUGCAGCCAAUUGUUCAUCCCCAAAAUUUGACUUUUCAGCAGCAGCCGCAGCAGCAGCAGUUGGAUAGAAUCCGAAGACGCCAACCAGCCACUCCUCGCCCUGUUAUGGAUGUGGAGAAGGACAGACCAAUGGUACAAGUCAAGAUUGAAAACCCAUCAGAAUUACCAAUGGAUGGUAAUUCCUUCAACACUAUCAAUGCUAGACAUCCCCAGAUGCAGUUACGGGCACAACAAAUUGCUGCAAUGUCAAAUCUCCAUGCUCAAACUGGCACUCCAUUUAGACAGAUGACUUCGCUUCAAAUUCCCCAAGUCCAGACACAGAGCAUGGGCAUUGUUAGAGCUCCACCAGUGAAGGUUGAGGGCUUUCAGGAAUUGAUGGGUGGGGAUGCUAAAUCAAAGCAUGAUGCUGAUGAAAAUAGGUUGAUGUCCCCCUCAAGUAAAUAGCUUUGCUAGUAUUUUGAUCAUUCAUUGCACGUGUGGGUGAUAUUGACCUUGGUACUUCUGCAAUACACAGCUCUCUUUUUUUGUACUAAAUGGCACCGCCUUUUGCAUAUUUUCUAACAUAAAGGGUAGCGCAUUCAGUGCUCAGAGAGUCAGAAUUUCCACUUCUAUGGGGUUUGAGAGAAGUGAUUAUGAGAUAGCCUUGCUUGAACCCAUGACAUGUUGCUUUGGGUGCAUGGCACUUACCAUGAAACCAAGACCCGACCUCUAUUUUCUAACAUAACCUAUGCAUAGUUUAUGUAUAGUUUGAUUAUAGGAAUGGAUCUUGUUAAAUUAAAAUUUCGUUGAAUGUUGUUUUGUAACUUCAUUUGAAUCCACACAUUGUACUUCUGCUGGGGUCAUCCCCUUUUUGUUGCUAAUGUGCGUGCCGUGUG